AUGUCUCGCUGUGAAAUGGGUAAUGGUAUUUCGAUACGAGAAAAAGAUUUUCAAAUUGAUAGCUUUGAAGAGUAUUUAGAUUUAUACAAAGCAAAGACCCCACAAGAAGUUCGAAUGAAAAUUGAGGCAUGCAUCAUUCCCAAUGAGCUUCACGAUAAUUUAUUCAACGAAGAGUUGUUGACAGAAAUUAUACAAGUCAAACAGUGGAAAGAUCACAAUAUCAACUUGUUUUCUCAUUUAAGAGAAUUGCAAAAAAAACACAAAAGUACGUAUCUCCAAAUAUUAAAACCACUGUUGAUAUAA